UUAGAAAACCUAAAUGUAUCAGUGUUUACACUUCCUCUUUGGUUAAAGUCUAAUAAUAAAUAAAUGACUGUCCGUUCCCUGCAGAAAUUUUACAAAGAAGUGUCAUGCUGGCACAUGGGCACACACCCUCAGAGUGAGCCUGGGUCGUGUGCCUGCUUUCUGGAGAUUUGGAAGUGUGUGAAUGGCUUAGGCAAACCAUUUAUAGUUGCAGAGACACUCAACGCAGAUGUGAAGCUUAGUAGAACACAAAUGCCAGACAUGUGUCUGCCUCCAUUUGUUGGCCUCUGGUAUGAAUCUCUGGCAGGUGUCCUCCUCUGGACAAGCGUACCAAAGCCUGGAGGUGCUCAUCUGACACAUCAUUAGCACAUUUCUCAUUUUAUCACUGGUUGCAGGGUCAGGAUUUUGGCCAGAGGACAGUGCUGGCUUUGUGUAAAUCAGAAGGUUGCUGGUUCAAUCCUGGCCUUUAACUUAAUCUGAUGGUCACAAUUCAGAGUGCUACAUAAAAUAUCAAAAGGUUAAUUGUUCUGUUUCUCUGCACCUGAAGGAGGCCUGUUAGAAAUCCAGAGCAGCGCUAUGGAGGCCUGGAAAGAGCUGGUAGACAGGGGCAUGCAGCUUCAGAAGAAAAAGAACCAACUACAGAAGCAGGAGGAGAGGCUGAGGCAGGGAGAUCUGAACCUAAGGGACCAAGGCCAACGGCAGAGGGAAGAUGAACAGCGGACACGGGACCUGGAACAGCACCUGACAAACCUGAACCUGCGCAGGCAGGAGCCCUUCUCCCAGGGAUUGAAGGUGAUGAAGAAGAUUUCAGAAGAGAUCAGGCAAUGCCUGGAGAAUUUCUGGCUGGAGCUGGACAAGAGCCAACAGCAGUGGGAGCUGGAAUGCCGCCAGUGGGAAGAGGAGCGCCAGCGCUGGGAGGAGGACUGGCACUUGAAGGAAAUGGAAUACAACUCUAAUCAGAGAUGGAAACCAGAUGUGGACUUCCAGAUUUCCAAAUAAAAGAUGAAGAUGAUGAACAAGAAGAAAGCAGCACCUGACCGAACUUUGUGGGAAGCCAACACACCUCAAUGUCAGUCUGGAGUUUUUCUGUAACAUCUUCAGAUUCUUUUUAUUUUUCCCCACUGCACAGAAGAAAGGAGAAGAUGAGAAUUUUAAUUCAGACAAAGCCGGGAGGAUUUCGACCACUGAGAAGAAUCAUCAAGAACCCUACAUCUAGUCCUGUCUCUUGUGCUAUUUAAAACCUACACCGGAGAGCCACAAUGUCAGCCGUCACCAGUAAGUGAAGAAGACACAAAGUUGAGAGCAACGUUUUUGUACCUGCCAUUAAAUGGGGUUGCCCAGUCAACUCAACUCUCGCUGCAGUUUUUGUCUUUCAGAAAUCCCAUAAUAUAUUUUGUUAGUAAGAAUUUCAUUGUACUUUGUGCAGGUACAAGUGACAAUAAAUUUGAACUUGAAUAACCAACUGUGUGAAA